AUGGACGUCAAGGCCGCCCCCAACGGCGUGGCCACCAUCGAGGACCGGAUCCUGCGCAUCACCGGCUACUACGGCUACUACCCGGGCUAUGCCAGCCAGAAAAGUGCCUCCCGAUCCUCUGUCAUCCGAUGCAAGCCGGGAGCUCGCUGCCCCAACACGCAGGGCGGCAUCCGCCGGCAGCUCUCCCCUUUGACUGCCGCUGAAGAUUCUGUUGCUCCCAUUCUCGAGCUGCAGAGUCGGAGCCCCUCUGGAUUUUGCCGGCACGGCAGAGGAGAGAGGCAGACCAGAUCAGGAGAAGAUGGGACUCAAGCCCACGGCGAAACCUCCAGCCAAGAGAGCCACGCACAGACCCGGUGCGAAUCCUGCAAGUCCAUGUUCCUCAAGAUUGUCUGGGGAUUUCUGAUCAUUUUGUCGGUCUCCUCCUCUUGGGUCGGGACCACACAGAUUGUCAAAAUCACAUACAAGAACUUUGAUUAUCCGUUUUUCAUGACUUGGUUUUCAACAAACUGGAACAUUAUGUUUUUCCCCGUUUAUUAUUCUGGGCACCUUGCAACUGCACAAGAAAAGCAAUCUCCAAUCAAAAAAAUCAGGGAAUGCAGUCGGAUCUUCGGCGAGGACGGUCUGACGCUGAAACUCUUCCUUAAAAGGACAGCGCCCUUUUCUAUUCUCUGGACUUUGACCAACUACCUUUACCUGCUGGCUCUGAAGAGGCUGACGGCCACGGACGUCUCGGCCCUCUUCUGUUGCAACAAGGCCUUUGUCUUCCUGCUGUCGUGGAUUGUGCUGAAGGACCGGUUCAUGGGUGUAAGGAUCGUUGCGGCAAUAAUGGCUAUCACGGGGAUAGUGAUGAUGGCGUACGUCGAUGAUUUCCCCGGCGAUUCGAUUCUCGGGGUGGCCUACGCUGUCGGAUCUGCCUCAACCUCAGCACUGUAUAAGGUUUUGUUCAAGAUGUUCCUCGGGAGCGCCAACUUCGGGGAAGCCGCCCACUUCAUUUCCACCCUCGGCUUCUUCAACUUGGUCUUCCUCUCCAUCACUCCCAUCAUCUUGUAUUUUACCAAAGUGGAGUACUGGUCCCCCUUUUCGGCUGUGCCAUGGGGCUACCUGUGUGGAAUAGCAGGCCUCUGGCUGGCAUUUAACAUUUUGGUGAAUGUUGGCGUCGUCCUGACCUACCCCAUCUUGAUAUCAAUCGGGACCGUGCUGAGUGUUCCCGGCAAUGCAGCUGUAGAUCUGCUCAAAGACGAAAAGAUCUUCAGUGCCGUACGGUUGGGAGCAACCAUUACCAUCUGCCUUGGGUUUUUGCUGAUGCUUCUUCCGGAGGAAUGGGACGAAAUCACGCUGAGAUUCAUCAACAGCUUAAAGGAAAAGAAAAGCGAGGAUCACCCUGAAGACGUCGCGGACUCCAGCAUGCAUUUCAGGAGUAGAAGCAGAGCCAACGGGAUGGUGUCGAUACCUCUGGCUUAGAACUGGCAACCUCUUCGCUCUCCAGGAAUGUCUAUUCUCUGAAA